CUCUCUGCAAGGCUACAAAUGUCACAUAAUCUUAUUAGCACGCGAUGUCUAAAAAUGUGCUGUAUUGCACUGUAAAGAAUUCUAAUAUCGCAGUAGUGGAGUUAAUUUGUGCCGGAACUUGUACUAGCGCACGUGACAUUCAGGAACCAUGUCUUUAAUUGAAAUUCGUCAAACCACAAACAAAGGGAGAGGUGUAUUUUCUACCGCCGACAUCAAAUCAGGAACCGUUUUAUCCGAGGAAUCACCAUUAAUAUCCUGUCAGUUCCCUUGGAACGCUGCAUAUGCAUAUCUGGCAUGCGAGUACUGUCUACGGCCGUUGGAAACAGCAGAAUGUAAUGUUCGUCGUUUAACGAACGAUUUUACAAUCAAUUUACCGUAUCCGGAAUGCUGUCCGACUCAAAAUCAAUUAGAAGCACACACAAAAUGUUCUGCUUGCAGCGAAAUGUAUUGUAGUGAACAGUGUUUAGAAAAUGCGCUCAAAUAUUAUCAUAAAGUUUUGUGUCGUGAUGGAGAAAAGGAUAACAAAGAGCAUGCCAUCAACAAAAUUGUUGAAUUUUGGAAGAAAAUUCAUUAUCCGCCAGAAACAUCCAGCAUAACCCUGAUCCUAAAGAUUAUCGGCAUGUUCAAGCAGUGUGAUGAUGUGAGUGAACUUCACAUGAAAUUCAAAGACUUCGUGAGUGAAACAACCAACGAAGAUUUGAUGAUUUGUCACAAAUUAUUGGGCGAAAAUUUUGCUGAUCAAAUAAAUCAACUAUAUUCACUCAUAACGGUUGCAUUCGACACAGCAUCGGACGAGCGAUUGCAAUGGUUUACUUUAACCGGAUUUCAAUCACUGCUAGCGAUGGUAGGAACCAAUGGCCAAGGGAUUGGAACUAGUUCAUUUGCUGAUUGGGUUCGGAACGUCUCCGAAAUGGAUUUAACUGAGAAGCAACGAAAAUCUGUAGAUGUACUUAUAGAUAAUUUGUACACUAAACUGGAUGAUGUCGUUGGAAGCUUUUUGAACAACGAGGGAUCAGCGCUCUAUAGCAAUCAAAGUAAAGUCAAUCAUAGCUGUGCACCGAACGCGGAAUGUCGGUUUCCGUAUUCAAAUAAUGUGUUGGCUCUAACGACGGUUCGAGAUAUCAGAAAAGGAGAAGAAAUUUGUAUUUCAUACCUAGACGAGUGUUCAUUAGAACGGUCACGCCACUCGCGCCAGAAAAAACUUCUUGAAAAUUAUCUCUUCCUAUGCCAAUGCGAUAAGUGUGAGAUGCAAGUAAAUGAUGCCGACGAAACAUCGGAUGAUGAGGAUGAGGAGGAAGAUGAAGAAAUGGACGAUUCUGAAUGAACUCUUUUUUUUCAAAUUCUGGCUAGCGAAUAAUGAAAUGAUAAUAAUUGAUAAUAUUAAAAAUAAAUUUAAAGAAAAAAACAUUGAAAUACAAUGCACGCGGUCACCAAAUAUGCGUCAUGCUAUAUAA